CUCUGCCUCACCCACCCGUUCCCACCUCUAGGAGAAAUCGCACAUCGAGGUGUUCCUGCGCCCGCUGUCCCAGGGCGCCAGCGCCCUCGUCUUCUUCAGCCGGAGGACGGAUAUGCCCUUUGUCUACAACACCAGCCUGGCCAAGCUCCACUUCCCCGAGGACACCGUGUAUGAGGUGCAAGAUGUGUACAGCGGGAAGACCAUCAGCGGCUUAAAGACGGGAGACAGCUUCUCGGUCGUUAUCGACCCCUCGGGGGUGGUGAUGUGGUAUCUGUAUCCCACGGUGCUCCCAGCGCAGCCCUGUCACGUUGGCAGACGGCAAGCCCGUGGUGAGGGUUUCCAGCCAUUCCUCCUGUGACAAGGCUCAGCGGACAGGGGUGUGGGUCAGUGCGGGGGGAGCCGUGAGAUGCUGGGGCACGUGGCUCUUCACUGCACAAGUGCCUUUCGCUGACGUGCCCAGGUCAUUCCUUGGGUACCAGCCUGAUGAUUACUGCUCGGUCUGCGUAAAGGCAAGAAUUCUCGUUACUCGGCUCCUAAGACUGUGCAGAGCAUGAU